AUGGCCGCAGCGUUGCACCGCGGACCCCGCCUGCACCCCCUGGUCGUGAAGGCGGACAGGAUCGUCUCCGACCUGAGGGAGGACAUCCGCCGGCUGUCGGAGGAGCUCAGGGAAAAAGACGAUCUGCUGGAGCAGGCCCGGACGCUGGCCGAAGGGCAAUCCAUGAUCAUCACGUCCUUCAUGACCACCACCGCUCCAGCUCCCUGGGCUCCCUCCUGCUCAACACCGGACCAUCAGCGCUCCUGGGCGGAGGUGGUGGUGCGGGGCCACAAGCCUAAGUCCACCGCGGCUUUGCCUCCACUGCCCCUCUCGAACCGCUUCCACGCCCUGGCGCAAUAUGACAGCCCGGCGGGUGGUGAGGGUCCGCGGCCUGCUGCGGCCGCUGCUGCUCCCGCGUCCUCUGGCGGGUCCGCCGCUCGCCGCCACGACACCCCGGAAGCCACGCCACCAAACACCGCCAAGCACUGCCGUCGCUCCGCCACGGCCCUGGAUCGCUACACCCCGGCCCCGGAAACGGCUCCCUCCACCGCGGCCCACUCCUCCUCGGCCUCGGAGAAGGAGCUCCCCGCCCCGGAGCUCCCCGCCGCGGCCACGGAUCACUCCGCCGCGGCCCGGGCCAACUCCACUUCGGCCUCAGAGAAGGAGCUCCCCGCCGCUGUCCCGGAGAAGGAUGUCCCCGCCGCGGCCAGGGAGCCGGGCCGCUCCCCGCCGGUACCGGAGCGGCGGCGAUCGCCCCGGACCGCGGCCUCCGCUGCCCGCCUGAGGCUGAUUAGGGAGGCGGUGAGGAGGCAUUCCGUGAGCCACCACCGCGGGGAGAGCCAGAACCAGGGCCAGGACCACCGCUCCGGCAGCGAGGUUGCUGCCGGCGGCGUCGCUGUACCGGCGGAGCGCUCCCCAGCCCUGGGCGCUGACACCGCCGCCCCGGACACCCACGACGUCGCCCCACAGCCGCCCCCGCCCCGUCCCCUCUUUUCCCCCACGACACUCCUGGUUGGGGACAGUAGCAUCAGGAAUAUUCGCUUUUUUAACGCCAUCACGCGGUGUAUUCCUGGUGCUACUGUCCCCACGAUCCUACACGAUCUCCCGGAGCUCCUGCAGUCCCUCCCCUCCACUGUCCGCCGGGUCAUCGUCCACGUCGGGACUAACGACACGGCCCGGCGGCAGUCGGAGACAACCUGCCUUUUAGAUCCCAUCCCCACACCACUUUUCAAAUCACUUUAUGGAUUCCUUGAGGAACAGAUUUUAAAUAUCAUGAACAGCUCUCUUCAGACGGGUGUCUUCCCCACUGCCUUUAAAACGGCGGUGGUGAAGCCCCUUCUGAAGAAGAGCAAUUUAGACCCCGAUGUUUUUAAUAACUACAGACCAGUAUCCAACUUACCAUUUUUAAGUAAAGUUUUAGAAAGACUGGUUUUUAACCAAGUCAAUGACUUUUUAAUGAUUAAUAACAUUUUAGAAAGACAUCAGUCUGGUUUUAGAGUGAACCACAGUACCGAGACGGCCCUUUUAAAGAUUUUAAAUGAUAUCAGGUGGAAUUUAGAUAAUAAAAAGCUCACAGUGAUGGUUCUACUGGACCUGAGUGCUGCAUUUGAUACAGUAGACCACCACAUUUUAAUAAAUAGACUGAGUCACCUGGUGGGCCUCUCUGGUACUGUUCUUAACUGGUUCAGUUCUUAUCUCACAGAUCGAUGUUUUUAUGUAAGUUUGGAUACUUGUUCCUCAGGAACCCAUGAAAUUAGGUGUGGGGUUCCCCAAGGUUCAAUUUUAGGUCCUAUACUUUUUAAUCUCUACAUGCUUCCACUUGGGGACGUCAUCAGGAGACACGGCAUCAGUUUCCAUAGUUACGCUGACGACACUCAGCUGUACAUCGCCGUGUCUCCUGAUGACUCAGGGCCAAUAGAAACCCUUUUUAACUGUAUUUCAGACAUCAAGUCAUGGAUGGCAGUGAAUUUCCUACAGCUCAACCAGGACAAGACUGAGGUUUUAGUUAUCGGUCCUGAAGGUCAGAGAGAGAAGAUUUUACCAAAAUUACGGGAUUUUAAACCAGCACAAUCAGUUAAGAACCUGGGCGUGAUUUUUGACUCUGAGCUAAAUUUUAUUCCACACAUAAAAAACAUAACUAAGAUUGGAUUUUAUCAUCUUAAGAACAUAGCUAGAGUCCGCCCGUUUCUCUCUCAGGCCAGCACAGAGGUGCUAAUGCAUGCUUUUAUCUCCUGUAGAUUAGACUACUGUAAUGCCUUGCUCUCUGGUCUUCCCAAAAAGAAUAUUUCAAACUUACAGCUAUUACAAAACUCAGCCGCUCGCGUGCUGACGAGGACCAGGGGGCGGGCCCACAUUACACCGGUUUUACAGUCGCUGCAUUGGCUCCCUGUCCGCUUCAGGAUCGAUUUUAAGGUUCUCUUAUUAGUUUUUAAAUGUCUUAACGGCCUUGCGCCUUCUUAUUUAGCUGAUCUGUUUUUACCCUAUCGACCCUCGCGGGCCCUGAGGUCCUCUGGCAGUGCCUUAUUGUGUGUUCCUAAAGCCAGAACCAAGACUCAUGGUGAGGCGGCUUUUGGCCAUUAUGGCCCCCGCCUGUGGAACAGCCUGCCAGAGAACCUCAGGACCGCAGAGACCGUUGAUAUUUUUAAAGGGAGGUUGAAAACACACCUUUUUAAUCAGGCUUUUAACUGA